CAUAGCUCCCAUCCUCGUAAACCUUCUAGUCGGGUUUACCUGCAGCCAUGGCUCUACUUGGUGGUCUGAAAUUCCCCGAAGUUCUGUGGCGUAUAGUCAACGACGACCGGUUCGAUUCCAUCAACUGGUCAGAGGAAGGGACAAGCAUCAUUGUCCGUGAACAGGACUUCAUGGAAGAGGUUCUAGAGUCGGAGGGCGAGAAGAAAGUAUUCCAAACGAAUUCCUUUGCCAGCUUCAUCAGGAAUCUCAAUUUUUACGGCUUUGCCUGUCGCCGGAUCGCCACAGAGAACGAGAACGCUAUCCACUCGUGCUUCUGUCCGUACUUCCGACGGGACCGGCCCGAACUGAGGUCUCGGGUUUCCCGCGGCCCAAACUCCCGACGAUGGAUGGCGCUUUUCGAUGCAGAUGGAACACCCAGAGAGGGCGUAAAGGGGGUGUUGGAUGACCUUACAACAAACAACGGGAACAAGAGAAGAAGUUUGUUCACUGAUGUCAAGCGGGACGAAGAUUUAGCGGCCAAGUAUGUGCGAAUCGCACCCAAAUCCUGUACUUCUUCUGCAGCGCUGCUGCUUGGAGAACACAAUAUCAGCGACGCCGCUCCAAAAGUUCUCCGAGAACCGGCCAUCCAACCACGCCGCUUAUCUUCUCUUCGUCCUCCGAGCCCGUCACUCAAAAAGCUCGUCCACGAUGCUCUGGAAAUCCCGACGACACAACCAAUGAUGACACAGCUGCCUGUGGUACUGAUACCCCAGCAACAACAGAGCUCUCAGCCGGGCCAAAUCGUGUACAUGCUGCCUAUAAUCGUGCAGCAGAGUCCGUUAGAGAUGGCCACCACUGCUGUUCAGACCACCGCAACUUUACCGACAGAAACCUGCUUCACCAGCAAUGUCGUCACACAGAUGCCAACGUCCGCCCAGAGAGAUCUUCCCAGAUCACCAACGUCACAAGAGGAUUCUCCCGCCGUUGUCACCACUGAAGGUCAUCCCACGAAAACGUCGACGUACGACGACGCCACGUUGGAGAUGACGUGCGAAGAUGUCACCGUAACGUCUGCACGAGACAAGCCGCUGACCAGGCCCGGGAAAAUCGUCCGCAGAGCCGGCAGGAACCAGGCGAGAACAACCCGCGUCUUCAUGCAUCCCAUCGAUGAAGAGGGCGACGCGGAACUGUAAGACAUCAAAGUGUAUACCAUGCCGACAGAUUGCUGUUUGCCUGCCGGUAGUACCACGAUCAAAUAUUUUGAUUGAAGUAAGGAAAGCUACAUGUAGAUGGGUAUAUACAGGUGCGAUGAUAGCGGGUGCUAUGUUCUUUUUUUAAUUGGAAACUUGAAUAGAAAAAAGUUUCAUUUCAGAACCUGUUACCCGGUUGUUACUAUGUCUAGUUGAGAUACGCUAAGGUUACACAACGUUAAACGUUGUUGAACAGAAACAUUUAUAUACUAGUAGUAUAGUAUAAUAUCCAGCUCUUGAGACGUGUUUAAUUGUAGACCUGGAAAAGCUUGUAGACGACAUCGUUCUUCAUUUGAGUCACUGACAAUAGUCUUGUUACUUACACGCUUGCCAUUGACCUGUUGUUAAUUGUUUCUGCUGACUUAUUAUACACAUGGUACACGAAUAUGUUUCUAUGCAAACGUUGGGCAGUUCCACAUAAUUGGUCAUAUAUGCCAUAUACCAACGCCAUUGGACCAGUAAUAAAGUUGCCUUCUCUUGUGGAAUCUUUUAUUUUCCUUGCAAUAAAUGAUAGUUUUCAAU